CUGGACAAUCUCGUGACAUGAAAGCAAAGUAGCUGUGCCGUAAUAGGACAUAGACAUGAUCUGCAUGAUAUUCUAGUGAUUCAAGCUCUGAGAAACUUUCUCAAAAUCACUCCAUGUUCCUGAAAGUGGGCCAAGGAAACUUUUUACAUACUAUAAAGCACCUUUCACCACCCAGCUUCCCACUCUCCCUAAACACUCUCUCCCCCUUCCAAGACCCAGCAAACUUUCAACAAGGCCUGAAAAAUGCAGCCUGGUGAAGUCACAGGCCUCCAAUAUCUGGUCCCGCCCAAUUUAUCUCCAUAUGCUACUCAUUUUCCCAUGGCUCAGAACAACUUACCUACAAUGCAACUUAACCAAUUCUCUAGUCCUUUAUAUAAUUUCCAAGUUCCUUCUCAAGUUCAAGAAUUUAAUCGACAGCCAUGCUUAAGUAGCAAUUCAACUUCUGAUGAAGCAGAUGAGCAACAGCAAAGUCUAAUCAAUGAGAGGAAGCAGAGGAGGAUGAUAUCCAAUAGAGAGUCUGCACGGCGGUCACGUAUGCGCAAGCAGAAGCAUUUGGAUGAGCUGUGGUCUCAAGUGGUUUGGCUUAGGAAUGAGAACCACCAGCUUAUAGACAAGCUGAACCAAGUUUCAGACUGCCACGACAGGGUUAUUCAAGAAAAUGCAAGACUCAAAGAGCAGACUUCUGAACUUCGUAGAAUGCUCACAGACCUACAGGUCAAUAGCCCUUACCCCAACUUCAGAGAACUUGAAGAUAUCCCCCCCAACACAACAUCUGAGAGCUGAGUCUGCACCAGUAUUGUGACAAGUUAUAUAGAUAAGCCAGGGUGAGGAGGAAAAUUUUUUACAGUUCCCUUUCUCCAUUUAUGAAUCUUCUGUCUCCAGUCUUUUCCUCCAUUUAGUCUGUAGCUUCAUGCACGUGAAGAAUAACUGCAAUAACUUCUGUUUGAGAAUUUUCAUUGCCUAAUGCUUAGUUAUGAUAUUUUACUUUUGGCAUUAAAGACAGCUUACACUGAACUUGCUCCAUAUGCAAACUCGGUAAAAGACCCCUCUUGAUCCUAUUCCAAAAACAGUUAGCAAAAAUAAUGUCAAACAAUUUUGUUGAUAUAUGCACCUAAUAACAAAUUCAGUAAGACAAACAAAUUAAAGGCAGUGGUUCUCUAGCUCAACGCUAUUGGGUAUCUUCUUUGGGUGGUGUGGCUGGUGAGAAGAGUGUUUAAUGAUACCAAGUGGCCCUGGGUGGACUAUUGAGAGAGCCUCAUCCUUUUGGCUUCCUCUUGAAAUGGAAUAUCGAAGGCUUUUUGCAAUUAUCUAAAUUCUUUGUUUAGUUGAUCCCAGGCCUUUUUUGAAGCUCCUUCAUGGGCCCUUUUUCUUUUUCUGGCUGCCCCUUCUCGUUGUACGCUUACUUCUCCAAUGAAGUUACUUAAAAAAUUGAGGCAAUCAAGAAAACUAGUAUAGGAAGUUUUUUUCUUGAAAGUAACUACUGUGAUUCCGUUUCAUAUUGUGCAGUGAAGAAAGUAGUAAUCAUGAUGUUGAGUGAAUGGACAAAGAAAGCAAUGAGCAGUAUGGAUGGGAUGAUCUGGAUGUGAUGGAGAAAUAAGUGGUGGUGGGUGAUGUUUGUUACAGUACAAAAUUAACAUUAAAAAUAAAAAUGAACAAAAUGUUAUCUAAAGAAAUUCUAGCACUGGUUACACCUAUUGAAAGCUUCCAUGUUUGAGAAUAGACCAGCGCGGUAUGUUUCAAAAACUUUUACAUAGGACCCAGAAUAGUCCUCUGUUAACCAUUGAUAAACAACCUCUCUUUUCCUUCUACAAUUUUCCAUCCAAACAGAGCCUUUAACCUUUUGUUCCUUUUCUAAUACAUUCUUCAAUAUCUUCUGCCAAUUUUCAAAAUUUUAAUUUAAUGCUGAAUUUUUAUAUUGCACCACUACUAAUCCUAUAAAUUCAGAUGAUAUCAUCAGAGCACAUAGAGAAUAACAGCAGGCAAAAUAUAAGGAAAAACCAGCCAAAUUCUAGUUGUCCUCCAAAGAUUAGAGCACAAGCAGAUUGAGGAGAUAAAUCCAUUUCCUUCCCAAGGAUAAAUGUUCAUCUUCUUCUGCACGGUUCUAUCAAUCACCAAAUAAUCCCAAUUGCCGUAGAGGGACUAUUUGGGUUAACCCAAGAGAAGACCAAAGUCGUCGAGGGUUUCAUCGCUCAAAGCAAGGAUUCAAUAACAGAAUAACAGCCAUUUCAUUUUCACUUGUAGACAAUUGAUAUCAGCAAUUAAACUCUUGGUUAUUUUAAUUUUGAGCCCAACACUAUAUAGCGAACUUCGAGAACUUCAACCACAAACAUAAUCUUCUUCCUGUCCUUUGGCCACAAAUGGACUAUCAUCAACAAAUUAAAGGUAAGUUUUAAUUCCUCCUGGUGGAUGUCUGUCUCGAAGGAUUUUUAUAAUUUUUAAGUGUUAUUCUUUUGGAUUGGGGCCCUUCUUAUAGGCCGGUCCCUUACGUCAACUAGUUUUAUUUUUUUUUUUUUUUUUUAUACA